AUGGCAAGGAUAACAACACGAGUUCAGGGAAAAUCAAAGAAGACGAAGAAGAAGAAAGGGCCAGAUUCAACGGCUGAUGGAAAGAAAACGCGUUUGACAGAUGAAAUUAUGGGAGUGGAACCAAUUGAUUUCGAAUCCAUUUCAAUUGAGGAAGAAAUCCUAACUCAUGAUGAAGAUUCAGAGGCACACAUUGAGGCAUUCUUGACGGCAACAUGGCAUUGUUCGCAAAGAAUUAAGAAAUGUGAAACCCUAAAUCCUCCUAUCUUGCAUCCUAUUUCGCAAAAUUUGGAUGAGAAAUUCAAGGAACAGAUUGACCUAUCAGAGAGGAAAAAGAGCUCAACGAGCAAUAAGGUGAAAAUUGUUCUUGAAGACAUAGAGGAUGAAAUUGCUUAUUGGAAAUCGUCCAUUGUUUGUUAUAUGCUAGGUGCAAACCCACCUUUGCAAGUUCUUGAAGGUUUCAUAAGACGAAUAUGGAAGGGGAAAUGA